AUGGGAGAGGAUGAAAACACACAACAACCUGGUUCUUCUGAAUAUGAGCAGGAAAGUGAAUUUGAAAUCAAAGAGGAGAAGAGAAAGAGGAAGAUAUGGAGAAGAAUGGGAGAGGAGGCUAAUGCAGUGUCGGGGAUUGCUGUGCACGACGAUUGCAAACAAAGGUUUUUGGAAUUGAAGGAAAAAAGGACUUUCCGUUUUUUUGUGUACAAAAUUGAAGAGAAGGAUAAGCAAAAGCAAAUUAUUCUGGAGAAGUUUGGCGAGUCAGCUGAAAGAUAUGAGAAUUGCCAAAAGAGAAAGGUUUUCUUCAUCUAUUGGUCUCAUGAUACCACAAGGAGAGAGCUUGACGGAAUUCAGGUAGAGUUGCAAGCAACUGAUCCUACUGAAAUGGAUCUUGAUGUCAUUAGAAGCCGAGCUGUUUAA